UGCAUCCCUGCCCGCCUGCCCUCGGGCCUCCCCGCGGGGGAGAGCAGCGGGGCGGGGGGAAGCAGCGGGGUGGGGGGAAAGGAGGCAGAGCGGCGGCGCUACCCUGUGGAGCAUCAUGCUGGAGUCCAUCCGUGUCACCGAAAAACUUCACUGGCCUAAGACAGAGCUUUCUAAGAAAUCCAUCUGGAGUCCAGAAGAACAUAAGCUGAACGUUAAGAAUGAAAACAGCUUCCAGCACCCCCCUUCUGGGAUCCUUAAGGACAUUUUCACAACAGGAACCAGUAGCUACAAUGUCCUUAUGCAGAGCAAAGAGGAGAAAAAACACCACAUUCAAAAGCAGUCAUCUGCUCACCACAAGAAACACAGAAGAACUACAAAGUGUUCUACCACCUUGCGAAGCAAUGAGCACCGCAGAAUCAAAGUCCCACUACCCUUGCUCAGCAGUGGACGGUAUUGCACAAGCAGGCAGCCAUCCAUCCUCGUUGCCAGCCCAGUGCCUACUAGCAUGAAGUUUGCAAACAGUAUUUCAGUAGGAGGGAGCAGCAUAGGACUGCCAUCUCGACCCAGAAGUAGAACUAAAAGGCAUUUUAAUCUAACAAAACCAAAGCAAUCCCAGUCCUCAAAAAGCCGUGGAAAAGAAGGUGAUGUCUCUGGUCGAAAACUCUGUUUACUGACUGCAAUCAAGCCUUCCAAUGUGGAGAAAGAGAAGAUGAAGUUCUUCAAGUCAGAUUUCACAUGCAAUCCACAAUUUGAAUAUGCAAACCCUGCUCUGCCAGAUGUGUUAGCUAAGCACAGCCAUGCAUCUGACAGAUUUCUUAAGCAGUCCAUUAACAUUAUGGAGCGGACACUGCAGAAAUAUGGGAGCUAUGAAAAAUUUGAACAGGCCACUGGAGGCAGCUUGCUGACCAAAAGUCGUAUCUGGAAUCAUGUCAGGAAAUAUAUGGUGAAAGAAGGCUGUCUUGGUGAGAUUGUGGUCCAUCUCACAGAAGACCUGCUAUCUCGAGCCUCAAUGACAGUGGUGAAUGGCCGUCCCACUCUCACUAUCAAUAUCUCCACUGCACGAGAACACUGGUUGGAAGGGAUGCUGAGACAUGAAAUAGGAACUCAUUAUUUUCGGGGUUUUAACAACAACAGCCAGCCCUGGUGCAACUGGAAUGGACGUAGGAAACACGGCUUAAAACCAAUCAACCCUACUGAAGAGGGCCUAGCGAGCAUUCACAGUGUCUUGUUCCGCAAAGACCCUUUUCUUUGGAGAGCUGCCCUGCUCUACUACACAGUGUAUCAGGCUAGCCAAAUGUCCUUCAGUCAGCUUUUCCAGGACCUGGGGAAGUUUGUGAAGGACCCCAAUACUAGGUGGGAUUACUGUGUACGAGCCAAGAGAGGGUGGACUGACACAUCCCAGCCAGGCUGUUUCAAUAAGGAUCAGGUGUACUUGGAUGGCAUCCUUCGAAUCCUGAGGUACAGGGAGUCCAUUGAUUUCCAUCUUCUGACAGCCCUUGGGAAGAUCUCAUAUGAGGAUGUGGACCGCUUGAAAGGAUUGGCUGUGAUUGAGAACAUGAGGGUACCACACUUUUUGCAAGACCAUGCCCGUUAUAUGGAGCACUUGGAAAAGAUCAUGGAAGUCAAUGAGCUGACUGAUGAGGAGCUUCAGAAUCUCAUAAAUUAACAGGAUUAGUCCACCAUUAAUUUACUCUGUGAGGAUGUAGAACUGGAGCUUGCAGAAAUGGACUUAUGAGAGGUGGGGUGAGAAGGAAGGGUUGCCAGAAUCCGUGGAAUUCAGAAAAAAGUUCCUUUAUGUUCCUUUUGCAUUGUGAUUGUAUACUGAUUAUUUUUCAAAGGGUUUGUGCAUUUUUUAAAAAUUGGCUUAGGAAUUCCUUUGCAGUGGUCUGUCCAAUCGUGUGCUCUCUUCUGUAUGCUACGUAUAGUGCUUGAUGCUGUCUUUUGUAAUAUACUGUCUUUUCCCACACAGGUUUAGAGGUGGAGGAAAGGAGAGAGAGGAGAAAUUAGUUCACUCGUGUUUACCCUGUCUUCGGGCAUAGUUCUCAUGGUUCCUGAGAACAGAAAUGCUAUAGAUUACACUACAUCACUGUCUGCAUAACUCUUUCCUGUUAAGUCAUCAUUGCAAUGACAAAAGAAAGUUUUAAAACAAAGUUCACAGAAGCACAUCUUUGUGCCACAACAUCAAAGCUCUGUAAUGGUUUAAAGAGUUUUGGGAUUUCUUUUACCUGGAGACUCAGCAUUUAAAAAAAAAAAGAAAUGGUAGCACUCUUUUCAUGACUGUAAACAGGUUGCAAAGCUAUCCCCCUUUAUACCCUGAAAAAGUUUUGCUGUUCCACAUCAUUAUCUGUGUAGUAUGCGUCUGAGGAAGCUGAAUUCUGGAAAGGGUUUCCCUCCUUUGAGGACAAGCAUGUGUACCAAGUUCCACAAGGCAGUGUUUUGGAAGAAAGAUCAGGCAGAACUGUGAUUUCACGACUCAAGUGUUUUAAAUAAAUUCAGGAACACAGGGACGUGACUCAGCACAGCAGGCAACAGCCACUUCUUCUUCAGCCAUCUGAGGCUACAAAGGGUCGAGUCAACUUUUUGAGCAGUACCUCCAUGCUACAGCAACUUUGAGCUUGCAGAGCUCCUUGAAGAAACAAGAUGUGAAUGGAAGGAAAGGAACACUCUCAAGUGCCCUCUUGCUGUGUUCCAAGAGAAGUGCUGCACCACUCUGAAGCAACCUUACCUCUGUUUCAAUUGACGGUGCUAUAUCCAGAACCAAGAAGAGAAGGCACCUUACCGUAAGGCAUAGCCAGUCACAUGAGCAAUAGCUUAGGUGACGCAGGAGGACCCGCUACAUAAACUGCAUUUCCUGAUGCCAGGGUAUUAUGGAAUUAUGGAAGCAAAUUGAGUUUUGCACCUCUAAGUACCUCGAUAAAGGGUUUUAUUUUAGUAGCUGCCAUUUUACUCCUCUAAACUCUUGGGAAGCAGCUGUGGUAGGAAAGGCUAGGCAGAAACUAGGGAGAGAUUUGGACAGGGCAUUUGCCAUUUAUUCCUCUUAUGCUUUGGCCCACUGAUAACAGGCCUGGCAUUGCAAAAGGGGAGUAGAUGGAGCCCAGGUAUCCUCUGCACCGCAAUUGCAUGGACCGGAGCCCCGAUAUCCCUCCCUCCCUCCCUCCCCACUUAUCCCGUUCUUUAAUGAAAUGGGUGGAAUUACCCUCCCACCCUAAUUUACACGCAAGGCAUUAUCAGCCACGGCAACAAAGUCUUAAGAACACAUUUUCUAAUCCAUAGCAAAAUCUGUGAGGAAAAGCUCUCAGUUGGCUAAGAGGGCUGAAAGUUUUUGAAUAAUCCCAUGAAAGCCGCUGCCUUUUAGAUAGUGUUGCAGGUGCAUUUGCAGUGCCUGGCUGGCUGACUGCUUAGAACAAGAAAAUUCAUUCAACUAGCAUAAAUGUACUCCAUUUGGUUCUUUUCAAGGCAGGGACCAAGAACUGCUUCCAGCAGCCUUCAUUUUGUAUUGUCAGUAUUGUUGACGAGCUGAACGCCUUUCAGCCUCUGUAUACAGAAAUCAAAGACCUUUUCCUCUCCUUCUCAUCUUCAGGCUGUCUAGUUUGAUCCCUGAUAACUUUGGCUGCCCAACACAGUUUCAGAGCUGUGCUGAGUAGACAUGGUAUUUCGGCAGCCUGAGAGGAACCAUUUUCAGUCCCACAUGCAUGUGGUCCAGGUUUUGGUUCCUUUGCCAGAAGCAGCAAGGAUGAGGUCAAGAUUGCAGUCAAAAGCUGCCUUUGGAGUAAAUUGGGCAGAGGUUGUUUGAGCUACCCCAUGGAAGAAUCUGGCUGACUUUGCUGACCCAGGGGUACGCAAAAGCACCUCUCCUUUAUGAAAGAGACAAUUCUGAAUGGAUUGUUCUCUUACAGGAGGGAUCCCUGCUUUCCUCCAGUGACUUCUACAUAAACAAAGUGCUUUUCCUCCUCCCUCAAUAGUAAUGUCUUAUAAUCUAAGCGUGUGUACAUAACAUGUCCUUGAAACCAAGAGGCUGUGCUAGUCACCCUGCUUUGCCAUGAAAUGCCAUGCCUACAGCCCUACAUCCAACAGCGAGUUGACUCCUCUACCACUCUGUAGUGUGAAACGCCACUGCAGGCCUUUUGGCUUUAACUGACAACCUGCAUCGUCUUUUCUUCAAAGCAGUAGGUACCAUUCAACUUCUGUUCUUCGUUACUCUAGAAAUAGAUUUGUCUUGUCCAAAUUUGGAGUCUGGAAGUGGUCAGUAGCAAAGUAAUACUGUAGCAAUAGAUGAAGCUGUCAGCUUCUGAUUUUGACAUCAGAUUUGCCUUUCCUCUUUUGUAAAAGUGUUUCCAAUUCGGAAGCGUAGCUUUUGUAAAUUUUCCUGAUAUUUUUUUUUUCCCCCACUGUGAAGAGCCUGGUUGCUAAAUCAUGAUACUGAAGUUCUGUAAUCAAUUGUAUGGACAGUAGUGCGUGUGAGCUCACAUCAUUACACAGUUUUCUGACGUCAGUGAUGGGAUGACAGCCUUUCCUAGCAGUCCGGCUCUGUUGCUUUGCUCUAUGUCCAAGUCUCGCUAUUUCUGCAUUAUUUCUAUACAGAACCGUCAGGGUGAAAGUUGAGAGGGACCCUGUCUAAGGCAAGAGAAAAGCAGAAGGAAACAGCUGAAACAACUGGAGUUUUUAAGGCAGUGUUCAUUCGAGUGUCUUCAUAAUUUUCAUAGUAUAUUAGCCCCAAAUGCAGAAGUUAUUCAAGUUCUUUACAGGAUGCAGCUUCAAAUGAGAUUGUGUGUCUUUAAAGCACUUACAGAGGGAAGAAUCUAUUUUGGCUUCACUGAACAAUUAUGGACUUUCACAGCUGAAAGGCUAUAUUAGAUUCAAUUCAGAAAAUCUGGAUAUUGAAACUCAAACAUGUUCAUUUGCAU